AGGGUACCAGUUCACAUGACGGGAUGAGGCUCAAUCAGACGGUACGUCUGUGAUCGGCCGGUCUUUUAGCAUUAGCCGGACGCAAUUUAAGGCGACUAAAGAGCUCGACUGUCUACCUCCAGACAGCAGACAGACGUAAACAGGAGCAGCGGCGUCUCCUCAGUUUAGGAGCUGCUGUGGAGACAAGUGUGGCCGUGUAGACCCACCUGCGCCUGCGGCGGCGGCUCAACAGCACCGCUCCCUCGGGGCAUUUUCUGCUUUCGGCAAGGGUGGAAAAACUGCCUGUUAUUCCGCUUAAAAGAUGAGAGUCUCUCACGCUGCGGCCGGACUUUCCGUCUGGUUUGUGGUUUUAGGUUGCAUUCAUGCUGUUACGCUUGAGGUGAAGGAUAAGAACUCCACCUGCAUUAAAGCUGAUCUGUCUGCAUCAUUCUCCAUUGCAUACAACACUAGCAGUGCAGUGAGAACAGUGCAGAUUUCUUUGCCCAACUCUACCACAGUGGAUACAACAAGCAGCACGUGUGGCAAGGAUGGUGGCGCCCCCUGGCUGGUGGCAGUGUUUGGAUUUGGCCACACUCUUGGGCUGAGCUUUUCAACCAAUAGGAGUCUGUAUGAUGUUGCUAACCUGACUCUGCAGUACAACCUGAGUGACACUUCGGUGUUCCCCAGUGCCAACAUGUCCGGUGUGGUCACGUUAGUGUCUGCUUCUCCUGGGAUUCAGGCAGCAAUCAACACCACCUACCGAUGUGUGAGCCCUACUGUUGUUGCAGUCGGCACUGCAAAUGUCACUUUCACCAACAUGAGGCUACAGGCGUACAUGCCAGGAAAUGACCUGAGUCGAGCAGAAAGUGUAUGUAUGGCAGAUCAAACCAGUACAACAAGUUCACCUACUACUGUCAGUACUACAACAGUAGCUCCAGCUCCAACUCCAACCCCUUCAGGAACACCUGAGCAGGGCAACUACUCUGUAAAGGACACCAACGGCACCACGUGUCUCCUGGCUCAAAUGGGGCUGCAGCUCAACGUCUCCUAUGCUUCUCGGUCUCAGAAUAAGACUGUUCAGGAACUAUUAAACCUCAAUCCUAAUCUGACAGAUUCAUCGGGAUCAUGUGGAGUCAGCAGUGCUACACUGGUUUUGACAGGGGGGCAAAAUACUACGCUCAGCUUCACUUUCACUCUGAACUCCACAACCAGCAAGUAUCGCCUGAGUGGGAUAACACUGUUCGCUAAGUGGGCCGAUAUGAGUGUUCCCUUCUCAGUGAGUAACACCAGUCUCAACUUCCUGCGGAGUACGCUGGGCUACUCCUACAUGUGCAACGCAGAGCAGACUCUGUUUGUGUCAGCGGCCUUUUCUCUCAACACAUUCAAACUCAAAGUCCAGCCUUUUGGUGUCAAGACUGACCAGUUUGCUACAGCGGAGCAGUGUCAGAUGGACCAAAACCAGAUGUUGAUCCCCAUCAUUGUUGGAGCAGCUCUUGCCGGUCUGGUGCUGAUCACCCUCAUUGCAUACCUAAUAGGCAAGAGGAGGAGCCACGCUGGGUACCAGGCCAUCUGAGCGGACCCUUCAUUAGACUUUAACUCGACAGGCUGAUUGGUGCAGGGAUGAACCAAAGGGUGUUACUGAGUGAAGGAUAAUUCUGUGGGCGUGAGCCUGAGUGAAUGCAAGCAGAUAUUUCUUUGUAAGGAGUGCAUGUGUGGGCAUAUCUUUGGGAUGUCUUUUCACUUUCUCUAUGGAUGAUUUAAAAACUGCUAACUUUACAUGGUGUGCAUCUUGAUGAAACCUGAGAUGACUCCAAGUUGGGGAAAGUUUAUUUGAAAUUGCUGCAUCAUGUCAACCAUCAAUGGUCUGCUCUUGUUUCAUGUUCUAGGAACUGGAUUGUAUUUGCUUUAAGUGCUGUUUGUUUUUAAAUGUGUAAUUAUGCAGAAUCUUCCAAUUGAAGAGGCAGAGGGGAUCAAGUGAACUACCAAAACAUACUCACGGGUAUAUGUAUACUUCCCGAGCAUAGGAUUAUCCUGGCAACUCUUAAGAGAAGGCUCUGGUUUCCAAUCAUAUUCCUCCACAGGGGAGACUGAAGGCCUGCCCCAUCAGUGGACUGCAGUUAAAAUGUAGUUGGUAGGGUCUGGUAGUUGUGGCAAUGGUGUGGAUUGUGCCCUCAUGAGGCCAUACACAGAAUCAAAGUCUACUAAAUCAAAAUACAUUUAACAGACUUGUGAACAGGUGCAUGGUCGACUUCUCCAUUCUUGCUUUUCACAGCUCCUUCCCAAAAGCGUUAAUAUGAAUUCUGUCAUCUUCUAUUUUUAAUAAAACACUGAGUUUGAUCUUGUUUUGUAUUGGUUAAUAAAAUCUGAUAAAUCCCA